ACACUAAUUAAGGUAGAAACAAUCACUUGAAAACAGAGAAAACGAAAGCACACGCAUGUAUAAAUAUGGUUAUCCAUUACAUAAAAAAUAACAACAAAAACAAAAUAAUAUCUUAAUACCUCACACCUAUACAUAUACCCUCAACCUUACCCUUGUUCUCUUGUCACUUACACGAUUACAAAGAAAAGCAAAAAAAUGAGAACAAUGGUAGAUUUGGGAAAACAAAGAAGUCAUCUACAAAUCAUCGACUCUCCAACGAGCGUUGACUGUGCCCGUGAAGUCAGACUCCGACGAACCCUCCGUUCACUCAUCGAGUGCGUAAUCCCAUAUUGUUGCACGUACCAACCUCCUCCUUCCGAUCAAAACGACACAGUUUCCGUGUCUUCCUCCACUUCUUCCUUAGACCAACCCGGCGUAGUCACAGGCACUUUCUUCGGUCACCGCCGUGGUCACGUCAGCUUCUGCCUCCAAGACGACACUCAUCCCUCCUCUCCACCUCUCCUCCUCCUCGAACUAGCCGUUCCCACGGCAGCUCUUGCUCGCGAGAUGGAGGAAGGCUUUCUCAGAAUCGCUCUCCGGAGCAAAAGCAACCGCCGGUCUAAUAUCUUUAACGUUCCGGUUUGGUCUAUGUAUUGCAACGGUAGGAAAUUUGGAUUUGCGGUGAGGAGAGAAACGAAUGAAAACGACGUCAGCUUUCUCCGUCUGAUGCAGUCUGUUUCCGUAGGCGCCGGGGUGAUUCCGAGCGGCGAUACGUUGUAUCUGAGAGCGAAGUUUGAGCGAGUCACCGGGUCGUGUGACUCGGAGUCGUUUCAUAUGGUGAACCAAGGGGGUUGUUACGGACAGGAGCUUAGCAUUCUCCUUUCGAGAUCUUGAAACUUGUGAUUAUUAGGAGUCAUCUGGUUAUGAUCCAUGUUAAUCUUAAUGUUCGUUUUUGUGUAUGUAAUGUUGUAUAAGUUUUUGUUGUUACAAACUUACAGCUGUGAAGUGUGAACUAACAAUGUUUUUACGAACAUUAAAAUUAUAAAUUUCUGUCGUGUGUGGCCAUGUGGGUAGGGAUGUUAAUUUUGGGUUAAUAAUACCAUCGUCACAGACUCAC